AUAUAACAAAAUUAUUCAACCCUAUAUUUAACAAUGUCGAAAUCAAAUGAUUAUUUACGAACACCUAGUUUCAAGCGGUCCCACUUGGCCCGACAUCUAGCGUCCGCUCUGUGAACCGGAGCCACCGUAGAUAAGCAUCCCCCAGUGGGUCUGCGGACUGCGGUCCUUGCGGCUUUCGAGUUUCCUAAUCUCCUUUGAUUUGUGCUACGUUUCCUGGAGGAAUGUGACCCUCGCACCCCACGAUGGAGUUGUCGCGCUGUAGGAUCAGGCGAACUGGAUGCAAUGCGCUCAAAAGCUGUUUUUAUUGCACGGUUGGUCUCAUCUGGGCGGACGGCGACUGCGUUUUCAUCACGCCGCUGCAACCACCCAAAAACUCGUCUACUAGUCAUCAUCAAGUUCAUUUUUGUCGCCAUCAGGUGUUGGGUUUGUUCAGGACGGUGCACGGCCUGUGCUACAGCAGCCCCAAGAAGUGGCCUCCGCUGAUCAGCGUGAUAGCGGAGCGGGUGGACGAUGGCUCCCUCGAGCUCUCCAUCUGGCGCAUGAACACGGCCGUCCAGUGCGUCUCCUUCUCCAAGUGGUGCCUCCUCUCCCUCCAACAGCUGCCCGUGCUCCAGGGGUGCCUGUGGCAUCCCGAGAAGGACGUGUUUGUCCUGGUGUUCAAGGAGUGUGCCCGCAUCUACAUAGUCAACGAAGAAAGCUCGGAGCUGCAGGAAGUCAAGACCAUCACCCCCUUCGCUGGAUCGAGAUAUGUGUGUGGAACCUGGAGCAAAAAUGGGAAAAGACUGAUUUUGGCAACGGAGUCCACCCUCAUGUUUUACAAUAUUCCAUGUUCAGACAUUCAGAUGACGGAUAUGGAGGUCAUCCUUGGACUGGAGAGGGUGUCGUGCAUCGAGAGCCUGGAAGGGGACCGUUUUGUGUGCACGGUGGAGCUCCCCCUGGACAGCAUGGUGGUGCGCAGCCGCUCGGAGCGCUACCUCCUUGACCACACGCGGGGGCCCCUCGAGACUCUGCUCAAUAUACACGCCGCCACCGAGGGUCCCCUGGAAGGAAGCUCGCAGCUGUUCCUGCUGCAGUGGAACCCCGACACGGACAAACCCGAAGUGAGGAGUUGGGACGAGCUUUACGGGAUUCUCUCUCCAGACCUGCUGGCUGUCGAGCCUUCCUCGAGUUUGAUUGUGGUUGGGAGCAACAGCUGCCACACCCUGUACGUCUACGGCAUCGUGGACGAGCAGCUGGAGAAGCUUCACGACAUUAACCUUCCGAAGGAGGAGCGUCCCAAGGGGGUGACGAUCCACAACCAGGAGGCCCUGCUGAUGAUGGCCAAGCUGCCGGACGAGGAGCGCCAGGUGCUUUCUCUGCCCCGCUCGGAGUUUGUGGAGUACGAGGUGGUGCUGCAGAGCAUCCCCCUGUCGGGGCAGCCCCAGGGGGCCUGCACCCUGCAGACCCUGCUCGGGCAGGCCGCUGCCAAGUCCUCGGCCUCGCUGGACAGCGCCGUCUCGGACCCUGUUGGGAGGUACGGCAAGACGGGCGGCGGGGUGGCGGCUGCGCACGGGGGCGCGGCCUCUGCGGCCAGCUCGAGCCACAUGUUGCACGUGGCGGAGCUGGGGCGGUGCGGCGACCCCUCGGCCACCAUGACCUGGCCCCGGGGCCUGCUGGGCGACCUCAAGAGCCACCUGCAGUCGUCGGCCGCCGCGCCCCGCCCGUCCUCGUCGGCCACCAGCGAGAGUCACCUGGCGGGGGGCCGAGGCGGUCACCCGCACCAUCACGAGGCCCCGCCCCUUGUCGAAGACCUGACCAGCCUGCUGCACUUCCACGAGGCCGGCCGCUCGGACCCGCCCCCGGCCAAUGACCUGCUCGACUUGUCGAGCCUGCUGUCCGGGGGCGGCCUCUCUGGCUCGGAGCUGCUGGUCGGCCGCAACUUCGAGGAGCUGGACGGAGACCUCGGGCGGCUGGGGGGCUUCCACGAGGAGUUCUUCAAGAAGUCGGACGCGCAGCGUGGCAAGGAGGCCCCGCCUCACACUCCCGUGGCGGCGCCGGCGGGGGGGACCGGUGGGGCGCACACGCUGCCCCGCGCGGCCGAGCACCGGGGCGGCGAGCACGCGCUGCCACCUGCCACCACCACCCUUGGCACGGUGGCCUCGCGGCUCGCCGGCCUCGAGGGGUGCCUGGCCGCACUGGGGCGCAGCCAGAGCCGAGAGCUGCAAGAGAUCAAGGGCGAGCUCUCGGCCAUCCGGCGCCUCCUGAUCUCGGUCCUCUUCCACGUGCUGCCAGAGGAGGCGAGGUGCGACGCGGUCUCCAAGUACACGUGAGCGGCGGCACAAGCUUCAGUGGGACCGAUGCGGCGUCGCGGACCAAGGCGCGAAAUCGGCGUGCAAAGUGCGUGUGCGCGCCCUCACUUCGGGGCCGGGGACAAGCCACCGCGUUGGCCGCGGUGGCGAGUUGUCGCGCGACGGAGCGAGGGCGCGAGCUUUCGGUGCGGCUCGGCGUUGUUUCGUCACAUACAUUGACGAUUUCAUCUCGGUUCGAUAAAAAAAAAAAAGCGACAAAUUGGGGGCGUGUUAGCGUGCGGCAAAGAAGCAGGUGCUGGUACUCAGAUGGUCAUUCGGGUGCAGCAGGAAGCCGGCGAAGCUUCCGCUUCUUGCAAAAAAGGUGGGAGGCUCUUUUAAGUUUCCCGCGGAUUCUUUCCCGAUCGCUUGCCAAGUUGGCUCCGACUGCUGGGCCAUUUCCCUCGGGGUCUUUCUAAAAAUAAUUAUAGAACUGGUGCGCACACCUUUGCUCCUCGGUGAUUAACCAUUCGGGCGUGCAGCCACCGCGCGAGACAAAAGUGGCAAAAGGAAAACCAAAAAUUAGAAACAUUACAUCAGGGACGAGGAAGAUUGGGGGUCUCUCUAUCUGCACAAGCCCCAAAGGACCCCCCCCACGGUGCUCACACUCAAGAGGAGAAGCUGACGACACACUAAAUGCUAGAAGUGGCAGCCUUCGGACAUCGCGGGCGAGUUCUACGCCGCCUUGGGUUUCCGUUUUUCUAUGUCUCCGCAAAUAUAGUGCACCUUCGAAAGAACAAAAGGCAAGUGGGUUCCGAGGGUCCGGGAAGAGAACUUGGUUCCGAGAGUACGCCUAGACCUCGACCAAAGAUGCAUCUUGUCUUCUGCGACGGGCGCAGGACUUCAAAGCACAGAACGUCGGGAGGGGGGAACGAUGCGCCAGUCGAUCGCGGGACGUGGCAGCGCUGGCGCCGCGAGGAAGCUGGUCCCGCAAACGGCACAGACCAUCUCGCUCACAGACCUCGAGCCGGCAGGAGUUGGCUCGUAAGCCGCCAGACGUUUGCCGUUCGGUCUGGCGAUGGGACAGAAGUUUCCCGUGCCACGUGUGGCUUGCGAUUCCGACAUAUAGAGAAAUUGCGACGACCUGUACAUAGUAUACAUAAGAUGUGGCUCGACGGCCGAGGGAAGGCAGCAGGGCGCCGCUCGUUCGGCGGCCUUCUGCGGCCGUAAGGUUUUUUUUCCUGCUUUUUUAUAGGAUUUAUAAAUAUAUACAUAUAUAUAUAACCCACGCUCACGAGGGCGGGCGACUGUAUUGUAGCGAUACGAGAGGUCGAGGCACCCCCACCAACAAGGAACGUUCCGGCUGUUGAGAUCUGCACCGGCACAUUCUUUGUAGGCUCGUUGCGUGAGGCAGUCCGGCCGCGGCCGUCGCACGCGGCCAAAGGCGGUCCCACAUUGAAGGCUGCAGCCCUCGGCAGAAAGACGUUUAUUCCACCUUCUCCAAGGUGGGGGGGCGGGGGGGGCGUCGUUUGCUAACAAUAAUUUUGUACAGUUGAAGUAACAAAGCGUCGAGUUGCCGCGCAAGUACUGGCCAAAUAGAGAGGAAUCUGGUCCGUCGAAGACGUUUUUUGACGUGGGCUCUAUUCUAGCCCGCGCGUAUCCGAGACGACAGAGGUGGAUGUGUUAGUUCGUCUCUGGCUGUUCGGUGCACUCCACGGCAGUGCGGAGUCUUGCACAUUCUGAGGAUUGCCGGGUACACAUUGCCGCUUUGCAUUCCCCCUGCUUAGGACGAGAUACCGAUUAAUUUCAGUUGUCUCUGGUUUCCUUCCCGUGCCAGGCACUGGUUUCGAGCUAGUGGACGAGCCAACUCUUGCGCUAUUGUUCCACGCGUACGAAUGCCCGGGGGCGCAUGCGAAGCUCGCCGAAACGCAAGGCGAUGCCCCAACACGGCACAGGGAGAAUCACAUUGGCGCCCGACGUCUCUCAGAUGUAAACCCGUUUUGAGUUUGUCUUAUGGAAGAAAGAAAACGCGUCGCAGACGAUAACGAGCGCCGUGCAACGGGCAUGAAGCCGUCGACGCAUUACACUGCCAUUACCACAUGGAACGCGCGACGUCGUCGCGUCGAGGAUGUGCCACGAGCGCAGUGCGUCGCCGCACGUGCCGGCAUCGCACGCUACGUCGUACGUUUAGCGACCUAGCUCGCGGUGACUGGAAAUGCAGUAAUUUCGUUUUGCUUUUAUCUAGAAAUAAAAAAAAAAAAAAAAAAGGAGAGACGUAAAUUUAGCGAUACUAAAUUGCGCACGAAACGAGCUUCGGCAGAGGAGGUCACUCGUCGAGUCGACGCUGCGCGGCCCUUUGAAGGGAUGGCGCACUUCCGACGCCCGGGUAGCUGGCGACGGUCCCGGGGUCCCCUCUCUCCCUCGCUUGAUGCGGGGAAAGGGUCUCCUCCCCUCGCAGAUCGGAGGCGCCCCCCAACGCGCCGAAGUCUCCGUCGAGAGGACGGCCAGUCGCGCCGGGGGAGCCGUCGACGGAGACGUAAGAAAAUAGCCAUCAUUGCUCAACAUUUUUUAUACAUCGGUUGUGUAGCAGUCACGUGGUUGAAUCUCUCUGUGUAGCUUUGUGAGACUGUGUACGUGUAGUUGGUCCCGUGGCCGGCAGCUUGGCGUUGUCCGCUCUCUGCUCGCGACCUCGUCCACUCUCUUUCGUUGGCCCCUCCCGGCUCAGCAGGCAUGCCGCCGAGCAUUCCUCGUUUGGCCCCCGCCACGGUACCUUCAGCAAGCGCCCAAAAUCAGGCAACCCACCUCCCUCCCCUUGGAAGAGCAACAUACAACCUCCUGGUAGGCACGUGGGCUACAAACAGGAAGGAAAGUGGGUGCCGGGGUGGUUACGCAAGAGCUUUUGUGGCUGCAGGCGCCGGCAUUCGAAAACAAGAAGUGCGAGUUGAACCUUGCUGCAAACUAGGGAAUCAAGCCAUUCCGUGUGCGCCAGUUUCUGAUGAUCUCGCUGUCGCGUUGUUAUCGCAGCUAGCUCGGCGGCACAACGGGUCUAGUCAUUUUGAAGCUGUCCCGUGCCGGUCUCUGUUAUCGUAGGCUGCUCGUACAGAGUUUUUGCUUGACUGUUGAGUGAGUGGCAAAAGCAUUUUUUACGCGACGCCAUUUCCCAACGAGUGUGUGUGUUCCGUUGAAGAGAAGGCCCUUCCGUUCUGUCUGUGGGGCACCGAGCACGAAAGCCUGUCGAGCGUGUCGAUUGUUGACUUCUAGUAGCAUUUGUUUCCAUUGUUUGUUUGUUUUUUGCCCCAAAAGGCAAGCCUAUUUAUUUCACUCCAAGUUGUUUCGUCUCACAUAGUUCUCAUUAUAUACUUCCUCAGGGUCACAGAGACACAUUCUUUUGCGUAGAGUACUUAUUGCCUAGCACUGCUGUCAUAUAGCAGCCUCGGAGCCACGUCGAAAGGCCGUAGUUUUGAUUUUCUAAUUUAGGCCCAGACUGCCCGUAACCUAUCGGCAUCUACGGGUGUGUGCUAGCCAGAGAGGCGUAGCAGCCAGGCUUUUUUGUGCUUCGAGUGUUGUUCCGCAUUGUCUGUGCUAUCGCAGCCGUUGCCACCCGCCAUUGAGCAGAGUGUUACCUUCUGUCAUCUUUGCUCGUUCCUUUGCUUUUGGGAGAUCUCUGCUUCUUAGUCACAUGGGAGGAAUCGGUCUUAAUGAAACAGGACACGCGCAUCAAUACAUUCACCCCUGGGCGUCCGAGAACUAAAGACCAUUCCCCGAAAUGUUUCUCGUCCCCAGUUCCAAUGGUGCCACCCCUACACUACCUCGCCUCGCCUAAUACUCACUCGUUGACGCUGGCUCGAGGUUGACCACUGUGCAGGAAAAGAAAUGUGGAUUGAAUGGUACGAAAAAAAAAGCAAUUAUUUUUGUUUCUUUGUUGACAUCAAUAACGUAAUGCCACUCUUCUAGAUUGCAAUGUAAAUUUUUUCUACUUUGAGCACUGUUAAUCUUCCACAUACCUUCUCAACCAGCAUAAAUAUGCGCAAACUUUGAGGCAAUAAGUGGCUCCAAGUCGCUCGGAUUGUUUCGGUUAUUCUCCUUUCUUCUGCAAAACAAUUACCGAUUGGAACAGCGUCCCCCGCCACGACCUCUUUCGAUUUUAUUGCCAUUAUCCUGCACCAAGCAAUGCCAGCCAUAUACAGCCAACAGAAAGCUGCUCAAUGCGUCUACCAUAAAACUCUAGUUUUGCUGCUGUUAACGUCACUUAUGCACCCUGAAAUAAGGAAAGUGGUAGUACUAUUCUGCCAAACAGUUAAAUAAUGCAACAAUGGUGGUUGGUAGUUUAAUUUGUUUCUACGAGAGCACACCCACUGUUUGCAGGUCACGGUAGUAUACCUUUUACGCGCCCGUUUGCGUUUGCUGCGAGUGCUGAAACCAACUUCCAUUCCAAAUGCUUCCUUCGAUGCGGCGCACGUCUUGUUCUAGGUGCGACCGGAGAAAAAAAGAAUGCUCGGUGCCAAUUGUUGCGUUAUAUCUCAUCUGUAUCAUACCCUUAUGGCAUCCCGGCUGGCUGCCCUCCGUUCAUAUGUUUGACUUCGAAGAACCUUCCAGUCCAGCCACCCUAAUUCUCAGCACGUUUGGGCUUGUUUCGUUAGAGACAUGACUAGCAGCAUUUCCGUCGCAGACGACGGAGACUGCCACACGGCCGUGUUUUGGAGAGUGUUCUUUCGCAUUGUAACACGAGUUUGCGGCGAUGACGCGCCACCCUUUGUGCGUGCCGAUUUCCCUUUGCUUAGCUUUCGUCGGUAUUUGAGAAAAAGACAUAGCUACAGUCCGGUCGUACGGCUGCCUUCAAAAAAAGGAUAUUUGGGAACAUUUGUGUGUAUGUACAACACUGGGCUGGAGCGGACUCCUCGUUGCUCUUUUCAUUGCUUCCAGGGUGUAUCCGCUAUGUUCAAAGUGGUCAGGGCUCUAGCCGGAAGUGUCCUUUCCUGUGUUGUACGAUAGUGCUCUUUAGACUCUGAGGUACCAGUUUAGUUGGUCGCUUUCUCUCGGUUAUUUGAUCUCAACGCUUCCCUCGUUGAGGCUCUUCGGAUCCGAGAAACUUCACAACAUUGCCACCCAUCGACCUUCUUUUUUUUUUUUUUGUGUGUGUGUAUGGGUAAGCGACGUUGCUCCUUUCAUUGCCUCGUUCCAAUUCCAAGGCACAUGAAUGGAGUGACGAUUAAUGCAAACAGACUGUACAGUUUUGCCCAGUCUUUUUUUUAAUUUUUGAUCAAUGAAGUUUCACUGCAAUGAAUGAUGUCGCACACGGUACGUCUUGACGCUAUUCCGGAACCCCUGAAACGACAGAUGGGGAAGAAAAGACGACUGUCGAGUGCAAAAGCGUGGUACUAGUAGUAUUUCUUGUCAGUAUUUGAAGCCGGCUUCCCUUCUUGACCCACCUUAAACUAAACAGCAACCGAGUGUCCCCGAAUCAAAAACCACGCUGCCUUUGUGAGAGAAAAAAUCCUUAGUUCGGGAAUCAUUUGAAUCAUUCACGCGUAAAAGAGACACGCAAGACAUAAAUGCCACCACGCCUAGCACAGACAAACAUUCCAAACGCCACAACGACGACAACCACCCCCCUUUUUAUGCCCCGUGUGGGGAAUUCUCAACCAGAAAAACAUGACAAAACAAGAAAAA